AUGGAUGAUCUUGGUGAGGACUACUUUGCUAUAUUAGCCGAUGAAUCAAGCGAUGUGUCGCAAAAGGAACAAUUAGCCCUUUGCUUGCGCUAUGUUGACAAAAAAAGUGGAAGGGUAGUUGAACGAUUCAUUGGUCUAAUGCAUGUCGCUGAUACAACAGCUUUGUCUCUUAGAAGUGCAAUUUUAGCUUUGCUUGCUGAACAUUCACUGAGUCCAUCUAAGAUUCGAGGACAAGGAUAUGAUGGGGCUAGUAACAUGAAGGGUGAGAUACAUGGACUUAAGACUUUGAUUAUGGAAGAUACUCCAAGUGCUUACUAUAUUCACUGCUUUGCGCACCAGCUUCAACUAACUCUUGUAGCCAUUUCCAAAAGGAACGAUGAGUGUAUUUGGCUUUUUGAUGCUAUUGCAAAUUUGUUGAACGUAAUUGGAGUUUCUUGGUUGAAUCAAGAACUUGGUUUGAAAAGGCCUGGAGACACUCGUUGGAGUUCUCACUACAAGACUCUUUUGAAUGUCAUGGACUUGUUUUCUGCAAUUGUUAACGUUCUAGUGAUAAUUGGGAAGAAUGGUUCUUCAGAUGAUAAGCCAAAAGCUCAAGGCGUUUUAAGGGAUCAAGAUAUUAUUAACGCUAUGAGGCUCGUUAAUUUAACCAAGGACCAGUUACAGAAAAUGAGGAAUGUCGGAUGGGAGAUUCAACUGAAUAAGGUAAUUGAUUUAUUACUUCAAGAACUUGAUAACCGAUUUGAUGAGGUAAAUAUGGAGUUGAUUAGGUGUAUGGCUUGCUUCAAUCCUAAAGAUAACUUCUCUUCUUUUGACAAGGAAAAGUUGAUUUUGAUUCUUCCGGUUGCUACUGCAAGUGUGGAGAGAGUGUUUUCCGGAAUGACGUUUGUGAAGAAUAAGUUGCGAAAUAGGAGGGGUGAUCAAUCUUUGAAUGAUUGUUUGGUCACUUUCAUUGAGAAGGAUAUAUUUCUACAAGUUUCUGACGACGCUGUAGUCAAACGCUUUGAAGAAAUGAAGACACGUCGAAAAAUAAACUAG